AUGAGAAGGACAGCCGACAGAGGCGCUAAGAACACCGGAAACAUCCCUCGCGAAACAAAAUGUCAUCGAGGAGGCCACGAACCAGAUGGGCUGACGUGUUCGUUGCGCGGAAAAGCAGCUGAAUUCUCGGCUGGAAUGUUGAUGGAGGCCCAUAAUGUUACGGAUCCUAUUACCGGUAUGCCUCUUCACAUAAGAGCUGGUAUCCACUCAGGUCCAGUCGUUGCUGGAGUUGUUGGAGCAAAAAUGCCAAGGUAAGU